AUGUCAGAAUCAGAAAAGCGCGAACUUCCACUAUGUCAUGGAAAUGCUUGUUCUCGUUGUGGUAAAUGUCUUGACUGGCGCUACGAUGGCGACUUCGAUCGUGAUUGUGAACGAUUCAAUCGCAGGGAGUCUAAUGAAAUUUCAAACAAGAAUCGCUGGCAUCGUCGUCCUAAUGGGCCGAUAGUCACUUUGGCGAAAAUUCGAACAUUUAUUGAACAGUACCAGACUGAUUUUGGUAUAUGUGAAUGUCUUUCGUUUCGUGUACAACAGCAAAUUGGUUAUUUACAAGCUUGGAAAGCGCACCUGUUGCGAACUGUUCAUCAAGAUCAAGCUCGUAUAAAUAUUUUAGAUAAUCUUGAUUAUGAAACUGUAACGAUCCAUGUUGAUUGGGCCAUGAAGUGGUUUCCAACGAAGUACAGAGAAUCUAAAAAAGAUCACUUUACAAAGACAGGCUUAUCGUGGCACAUUGCUUUCGUAGUUCGUAAUAAUUCUUCGUCAUCAUUUUCAAAUUCAUUUGACACAUCCUUUGAUUCACAAGCAUCUGCUCAUAAAUAUGGUCCAGAUGAAAAUAAAUACGAACAUAGAGUUUUUUGCCAUGUUUUUGAUCAAUGUGUUCAGAAUGCAAAAACUGUAGUUUCAAUAAUUCGUUAUAUAUUUCUAUGUCUUCAGCAAACAUCACCAAAUAUCAAAUAUAUAAACUUGAGAUCGGAUAAUGCUGGUUACUACCAUGGUACCGAGGCAUUGCUAAGUGUUGUACAGCUUUCAAAAGAGACAGGAAUAUGA